AUGUAAAAACAAUAAGUAAUAAAUGAGAAUAAAAAUAAUUUUUUAAAUGCUAAUUCAUUGAGAGAAAAAAAGAAAGAGAAAUUAAAUUCAAUUAAUAAGAAAUUUUUAUAAGUAAACUUCGAGACAAUAUAUAUUCUUUUAAAAUUAAAAGUAAAUUCAUAUGAGAUGUGUAUUUUUCAAUUAAUAUUCAGUUUUUUAUUUUUGAUUAUUUCUAAUUUGUAUGAUUAAUCUGAAUUACUAAUUAAAAACUAUGAUUUAAGUUCAAAUUCAAGAAUUCUUUAUUUACUAAAUUCCAUAAAAUAUAUAAAUGUAAACUAUUUAAUGUAAUUAUCUGAAUUCGGCUUUUCCGUAAUAUCAAUUGGAACUAUUUUUUAUAUUUUGUCUGUUAAUUUUUUGUAUUGGGUUUGUAUUUUCGUCAGAAUUAUAAAUAAAAAGAUUAAACAAAGAAAAUAUUUUUAUGGAAAAUUAUUUUGUAAUUUAAUCCAUUAUUAUACUUUUGUUUUAUUUAGACCUUUUUGUUAAAUAUUAUUUACAAUAGUAUUAUGUAGUAAAAGUGUAAUGAGUAACAUGGAUAUUAAAUGUUCAUAAGAAGACAUUUUAUAUGUAUCUUUAUUUCUUUUAUCGUGUUUUUGCUUAAUUUUAAUUUUAAUUAAUUAAUGGUGGAUUUGUGUGUACUUUGUUAAUAAUAAAUAAUAAAAGAAAGAUGUUAUGUGUAUAGGAAAAGAUCCUUAUUUUGUAUUUAAAUAUAUAUUUUUUUAGUUUUUAACAGUUUUAACUAAUACAAUAAAUAUAAGUGAUUAUGAAUUUAUGAUUUUUGAUUUAUGUUUUAAGUUAAUUUUUUCUUCUGUUCUAUAUUAUUCUCUUUGUUUUAGAUUAUCUCGUUUUUGCUUUGCUAAUUAAAAUGUUUAGUAGUUAUUUAAUAUAGGAUUUUCUAUAGUUCUUUCUUAGUAUUAUGCUUUUGCAACUGAUGAAUUAGCUAGAGUGUUAAAUGUUUUUCCUUAAAAAGAUGAAUAUAUCCUUGAGUGGAUUUUCUUUUAUUUUUUUCUUUUUAACUUUAUAAAUUCUAAAUUCAGGUUCUACUUUAUUGAAAAGAAAGUUUUAAACCCUUUAAUAUAAAAUUUAUCAAGAAAUUAACUUUUAUUAAAAAUAUGCUUUUUGUAAACUUUAGUUAAAGAAAAUUUAGAUGUUUUAACCGACGCAUUUUUUAAAGGAAUAAUACAUAAUCAUUUAUAAGGAAAUUGUUUGCAUGAUAAUUAAAGUGAAGUAUGUUUUUGUUAAUUGUAGUAACUUUAUAUUGCUAAAAAUAAGAAAAGUUGUGGAAUAGAUAAGGCAUUUAAAAAAAGUAAUACUAUUUUUUUUACUAAAUUUUUGAUUAAAAGUUGGUUUGAAAUUAAUUUGUAAAAAAAUCAAAAUAAAAAUUUUGAUUUAUAUUUAGAUUAUGCAGAACUCAUUUUUUUUAAAUUUUAAAAUAUUUAAUUUUGUCUCAAAAUAUUGGUUUUGCUCUAAAAUAAAUUCCUUUUUCCAAGAAGUUAGUUUAGAUUCUUCAUUUUAUAUUAAUAAAUCCUUAAAUAUAAUCGAAAAAAGAAUAAAGAAAGCUAUAAAAGCAAUUUAGAGAUAGAGUCAGUUGUUUAAGUUGAAUAAUCAAUGGAAUAUAUUUAAUUUAAAAUAAGAUCUACAGUUUUGAAUAAUAUUUAAUUUUGGUAAUAUUUAGAAAGAGCAAAUAUUAAUUAUAAUGAAAUUAAUUAAAUUAUUGAAUUCACAUUUUAUUAAUUGCUAGAACUAAAAUAAAAAUGGGUUGAAAUUAGAAAGUAUUUAAGAUUUAGAAAAAAAUGGAUUUUUUAUUUUGCUUGGUAUUAUUUCUAUAUCCUAAAUAAAAAACUCAAAAUCUAUAUGUUGGAGAAAUUUUAAGGGACAAAAAUUAAUGAAAACGAUAUUUUUUCAGAAGAAAUUUAAAAUGAUUUAUAAGAUGAUAUUUAAAGUAUUGGCUCAAACUUAAAAUUUGAAGAAGUAGAAAAUGUUAAUAUCAAAAAUUCUAUUGUUGCUUUUGAUAAAAACUCUUUAAUUAUUAAUAUUGAUUAAGAUUAUAAAGGAAAUAUUAAAAAAGUUAAUAGAACAAGUAUUAAUAUUAUUGGCUAUUCUUAGAAAGAAUUAGAAGGAAAAGUAAAUAUUCUUUAAUUAAUGCCAAGAAUUUUCGCUGAAUAUCACUAUUAACAAAUGUAAGUUUUCACAAUUACAGGAAAAACUAAAUCACUUUAUUCUUAAAAAAAAAUCUUUUGUUUAAAUAAAUUAGGAUAUAUAUUUCCAGUUUGGAAAUUCGUGAAGUAAUAUGUAACUUUAAAUUGUAAAUGUGACUAUAUAACUAUGAUAAGACCGGUAAACUCAUAUACAGGAAGAUAAUUAAAUUAUAUUAUUUUAAAUGAAAAUUGGGAAAUAGAUUCUAUGUCUUAGAUAUUUUAUGAAAUUUUAGGAAUUAAUCCAUUACAAUAUUAAAACCCAGAUAAUAAAAUCUGCUUAAACCUACUUAUUUUAGCACCAAAACUAAUUUAAUUUACUAAGUUUUAAAAGCUUUAGACAAAAUCAGAUGAUAAAAUAUUCGCAGCAAAUGAUGUUAAUAGAGAAUAAUAAUAAAGCAAUCCUAUAUUUAAUAAAAGAAGAAAUAAUUUAGCAAGUUAAGUAAACAAAAUUGAUACUUAAAAAGGCUUUAGCAAAGAAUAAGUUUUAGAUUAAAGUAUAAAAAAAUAAUUCGAUGAUAAACUAUAAGUAAUAGAAGAAAUUUAAUAAGAAGUUGAUAAUAAUUCAACAAUCUUUUUAUCUCCACAAUUAUAAUUAAAAGAUACAAAUUUUAACUAAGGUAAAUCAAGUUUAUUAGCAAACAAAUCUGAAAAUACAGAAAACUAUAAACAAAUAGAUAAUACUAUUUAAAACUAAUCUUUCGGAUUACUAAUUAAUUAGAAUAAAAAUGGUUUGAAUGCAUUUAAAAAAGGGAUAUAAAAUAAUAAUAAAGCGAAAUAAUUAUAAUAUGUAAUGAGCUAAAGUAUUGGAAAUCAUGAUGAAAAUAAUUUUAAUGAAAAUAAUAAAAAUAAUGAAUAGAAAAUCUUUAGUUAUGAUAAUGAGGAAAAUGUUAGUUUUAAAAUUAUUAAAUCUUAACAUAUUAAUAAUAUUUCUAAAGAAUAUUAUAAUUUAAUAUCUAAAUUAAACAAAAGUAUUAAUGAUGAUAAUUUUUUUUAUAAAAAUAUACAAAUACUAAAUAGUUAAUAUGAAAUUUCUAUUUAUAAUAUUAUAAAGCAAUUAUUUACUAAAUAUUAAAAAUAAUAAAAUAAUAUCCUUUAUCUUUGUUAAUGUAAAAUAAAACUUAAAAAAAUAGUACAAAAAUAAAUUUUAUUUUUUUAAAAUUUUAAUUAUUAAAAAAUAACAAAAGAUAAAGAUAGUAAACAUUAAAAUUAUUUUUCUUAAAUAUCAUGUAAAAAAGAAAAUGAUGAAUAAAAUAUUAAAUCAAUGAGAAGUUUAGAUAAUGAAGAACCCAUAUAUAACUAAAAAAAAUAAAAAUACAGUGGAUAUUAAAUAAAAUAAUAUAAAGAAAAAGAUUAGGAAGAAUAUGAAAAUAAUUCGGAUUAAAAAUUAAAAGAAUUUCAAAAUGAUUUUCGUAGUAAAUAAGGCGCAAAAAAUUUUAAUCUACAUCAAACUAAUAAUAUAUAUAUAAAAGAAGAUAACCAUAAGCCUAAUAAAUAAAUACAGUCUAUUAAGAUUAUGAAGAUAUUUUUAAGGUCCUUUAUUUUUUUUAUAAUUAGUUUGAAUUUUUUUGUUUUUUUUUAUAUACCACAUAAAGAAUUUCCAACAUUAAAAAAAAAUAGUUAAAAAAUAUUUGUAAUUUAAGAAUUUAUAUUGAAUCUUAUAAUUAUUAAUAAUAAUAUAAUAGAUUUGGCUAAUUUAAAUGAAAAGUUUUAUGAGAAAAGCUUAAAUAAUAAUAAAUUUUAUAAUAAUGUAACCUAUUUUAAUUUAAAAUAUUAAAGAUUUAAAUCAUUAGUUAAUUAUUUUUAAACUAUUAAAUAAACUAUAGAUUUUAAAGAAAUUAUUUAUUCAAAUAAACUUAAUUAAUAUCAAAAUAUAGUUUAUUAAGUUUAAGGUAAUAACUUAUCUGAAAAUUAAAAUACUAUAGAUAAUUAUGAUUUAUUAAAUAAAUUUAUUAAUUUAAUGUAUAAUCUAAGUAUUUAAAAUGAAAAAGUUAUUAAAUAUAGUAAAUACGAGGUUAAAUUUAUGAGAGAAAAUACAUUUCCUCAUAUAUAUGGAAUGUUCGAAUCAAUUUAAAACAAUAUAAUUAGUUAGUUAAACAGCACAGCAAAUUAUUUGUAUAACUUUUUAAUUAUAACUAUUAUUUUUUAAACAUGUGUUAUUUUAGUUUCUUUUGUUUUUCUUUAUUCUAAUAUUAUUAGAAUUUUUAAUACUUUUUAGUCCAUUAUUGAUGUUUUUCCUAAAAUAAACUAAAUAGAUCUUAAAAAAAUAUAAAACUAUAAUAUGAAUAUAAUAUAUAAUUUCGAUUAUAUAUUAUAAAAGGAUAGCUUAAUUUGCGGACUUGAAAUAAAUUAAAAUGAAUAAAAGCAAUAAUAAUAAUAAAAAUUGAAUGCAUCAUAAUGCAAUAAAACUCU